AAGAGAGCGAACGCCGGCCAGCUCGACUGGCCGCCCCGUACCCCGGCCGCCGCCGCCGCCGCCGCACGCCGGAACCCAGCCCCGAGCCAACCUCCCCAGGCGCCGUGCCCCACCGCGCUCACUCCAGCUCCCCGACCCAGCGCGCAGCCCGAGCGGCCGGCACGCGGGCCAAAGGACGCCCGGCACCUGGGCACUUGGAGCGAUGCGCAGCGGGGCAGCUCUGGCCCCUCCAAUGGAGCUGCUGCCGCCGCCGCCCGGCGCGCCCUGCUCCUCCCGCGCCCCGUGCGCCUGAGCGCCGCGCUCGCCCCUCCUCCGCGCCAACUCCACCGCCCGCUCCCAGACCGCCCGCGCUCCCCGCGCGCCUGCUCGCGCUCCCCGCGUCCUGCCCCGCCGAGGCAGCCUCCUUUGGGAGCGGGCCCCUGCGCACCAUGGCCCCCGGGCGCUCAGGGGCCGGCGCCGCCGUGCGCGCCCGCCUGGCGCUGGCCCUGGCGCUGGCUAGCGUCCUGAGCUGGCCCCUAGCCGUCGCCUGCCCCACUAAGUGUACCUGCUCCGCCGCCAGCGUGGACUGCCACGGGCUGGGCCUCCGAGCGAUUCCCCGGGGCAUUCCCCGCAACGCCGAGCGCCUUGACCUGGACAGAAAUAAUAUCACCAGGAUUACCAAGAUGGACUUUGCUGGGCUCAAGAACCUCCGAGUUUUGCAUCUGGAAGACAACCAGGUCAGUGUCAUCGAGCGAGGCGCCUUCCAGGAUCUGAAGCAGCUGGAGCGAUUGCGUCUCAACAAGAAUAAGCUCCAGGUCCUUCCAGAAUUGCUUUUCCAGAGCACACCGAAGCUCACCAGACUAGAUCUGAGUGAAAACCAGAUCCAGGGGAUCCCGCGGAAGGCGUUCCGGGGCAUCGCUGACGUGAAGAAUCUGCAACUGGAUAACAAUCGCAUCAGCUGCAUUGAAGAUGGAGCCUUCCGAGCGCUGCGCGACCUGGAGAUCCUCACUCUCAAUAACAACAACAUUAGCCGCAUCCUGGUCACGAGCUUCAACCACAUGCCGAAGAUCCGGACUCUGCGUCUUCACUCCAACCAUUUAUACUGCGACUGCCACCUGGCCUGGCUCUCAGAUUGGCUGCGCCAGCGGCGGACGAUUGGCCAGUUCACACUCUGCAUGGCUCCUGUGCACCUGAGGGGCUUCAAUGUGGCGGAUGUGCAGAAAAAGGAGUACGUGUGUUCAGGUCCCCACUCAGAGGCCCCAUCCUGCAAUGCCAACUCUCUCUCCUGCCCUUCUGCCUGCACCUGCAGUAACAGCAUCGUGGACUGCCGAGGAAAAGGGUUGACGGAGAUCCCCGCUAAUCUGCCAGAGGGCAUCGUGGAGAUACGUCUGGAACAGAAUUCCAUCAGAUCCAUUCCCGCAGGAGCCUUCACCCAGUACAAGAAGCUGAAGCGAAUAGACAUCAGCAAGAAUCAGAUAUCGGACAUAGCUCCAGACGCCUUCCAGGGCCUGAAGUCGCUCACAUCGCUGGUACUCUACGGGAACAAGAUCACUGAGAUUGCCAAGGGACUCUUUGACGGAUUGGUGUCCCUGCAGCUGCUCCUCCUCAAUGCCAACAAGAUCAACUGCCUGCGGGUGAACACCUUCCAGGACCUGCAGAGCCUCACCCUGCUCUCCUUGUACGACAACAAGCUGCAGACCAUCAGCAAGGGGCUCUUCGCCCCUCUGCAGUCCAUCCAGACACUCCACUUAGCCCAAAACCCGUUUGUGUGUGACUGCCACUUGAAGUGGCUGGCUGACUACCUCCAGGACAACCCCAUCGAGACAAGUGGGGCCCGCUGCAGCAGCCCACGCCGGCUGGCCAACAAGCGCAUCAGCCAGAUCAAGAGCAAGAAGUUCCGCUGCUCAGGCUCCGAGGACUACCGCAGCCGGUUGAGCAGCGAGUGCUUCAUGGACCUCGUGUGCCCCGAGAAGUGCCGCUGUGAGGGCACCAUUGUGGACUGCUCCAACCAGAAGCUGGCCCGCAUCCCGAGCCACAUCCCCGAAUAUGCCACCGACCUGCGACUGAAUGACAACGAGAUAUCUGUUCUAGAGGCCACAGGCAUCUUCAAGAAGUUGCCGAACCUGCGGAAAAUAAACCUGAGCAACAACAAGAUCAAGGAGGUGCGAGAGGGGGCCUUCGAUGGGGCGGCCGGUGUGCAGGAGCUGAUGCUGACCGGGAACCAGCUGGAGGCCGUGCACGGGCGCAUGUUCCGGGGCCUCAGCGGCCUCAAGACCCUGAUGCUGAGGAGCAACAUGAUCAGCUGCGUGGGCAAUGACACCUUCGCAGGCCUGAGUUCUGUGAGGCUGCUGUCCCUCUACGACAACCGGAUCACCACCAUCACCCCUGGGGCCUUCACCACGCUCGUCUCCCUGUCCACCAUAAACCUCCUGUCCAACCCCUUCAACUGCAACUGCCACCUGGCCUGGCUCGGCAGGUGGCUGAGGAAGAGGCGGGUUGUCAGCGGGAACCCCAGGUGCCAGAAGCCCUUCUUCCUCAAGGAGAUCCCCAUCCAGGACGUGGCCCUCCAGGACUUCACCUGUGACGGUAACGACGAGAGCAGCUGCCCGCUGAGCCCGCGCUGCCCAGAGCAGUGCACCUGCCUGGAGACGGUGGUGCGCUGCAGCAACAAGGGGCUCCGUGUCCUCCCCAAAGGCAUGCCCAAGGACGUGACCGAGCUGUACCUGGAAGGAAACCACUUAACAGCUGUGCCCAGAGAGCUGUCCGCCCUCCGACACCUGACGCUUAUUGACCUGAGUAACAACAGCAUCGGCAUGCUGACCAAUUACACCUUCAGUAACAUGUCUCACCUCUCCACUCUGAUCCUGAGCUACAACCGGCUGAGGUGCAUCCCCGUCCACGCCUUCAAUGGGCUGAGGUCUCUCCGCGUGCUGACCCUCCACGGCAACGAUAUUUCCACUGUUCCUGAAGGCUCCUUCAAUGACCUGACAUCCCUUUCCCACCUGGCACUGGGAACCAACCCACUGCACUGUGACUGCAAUCUGCGCUGGUUGUCAGAAUGGGUGAAGGCAGGGUACAAGGAACCUGGCAUCGCCCGCUGCAGCAGCCCCGAGCCCAUGGCCGACAGACUCCUGCUCACCACCCCCACCCAUCGGUUCCAGUGCAAAGGUCCAGUGGAUAUCAACAUUGCGGCCAAGUGCAAUGCCUGCCUCUCCAGCCCAUGCAAGAACAAUGGCACAUGCAGUCAGGACCCUGUGGAGCAGUACCGCUGCACCUGCCCCUACAGCUACAAGGGCAAGGACUGCACCGUGCCCAUCAACACCUGCAUCCAGAACCCCUGCCAGAACGGAGGCACCUGCCACCUGAGCGAGAGCCACAAAGAUGGGUUCAGCUGCUCCUGCCCUCUGGGCUUCGAGGGGCAGCGCUGUGAGAUCAACCCCGACGACUGUGAGGACAACGACUGCGAGAACAACGCCACCUGCGUGGACGGGGUCAACAACUACGCGUGUGUGUGCCCUCCCAACUUCACAGGUGAGCUGUGUGACGAGGUGAUUGACCAUUGUGUGCCUGAGAUGAACCUCUGUCAGCAUGAGGCCAAGUGCAUCUCCCUGGACAAAGGAUUCAGGUGUGAAUGCGUCCCUGGCUACAGCGGGAAGCUCUGUGAGACAGACAAUGACGACUGCGCGGCUCAUAAGUGUCGCCACGGAGCCCAGUGUGUGGACGCAGUCAAUGGCUACACGUGCAUCUGCCCCCAGGGCUUCAGUGGACUCUUCUGCGAGCACCCCCCGCCCAUGGUUCUGCUGCAGACCAGCCCCUGUGACCAGUACGAGUGCCAGAACGGGGCUCAGUGCAUUGUGGUGCAGCAGGAGCCCACCUGCCGCUGUCCCCCAGGCUUUGCUGGCCCCAGAUGCGAGAAACUCAUCACUGUGAACUUCGUGGGCAAGGACUCCUACGUGGAACUGGCCUCCGCCAAGGUCCGGCCCCAGGCCAACAUCUCUCUGCAGGUGGCCACUGACAAGGACAAUGGCAUCCUUCUCUACAAGGGAGACAAUGAUCCCCUGGCGCUGGAGCUGUACCAGGGCCACGUGAGGCUGGUCUAUGACAGCCUGAGCUCCCCUCCAACCACGGUGUACAGUGUGGAGACAGUGAAUGAUGGGCAGUUUCACAGUGUGGAGCUGGUGAUGCUGAACCAGACCUUGAACCUGGUGGUGGACAAAGGAGCCCCCAAGAGCCUGGGCAAGCUCCAGAAGCAGCCUGCCGUGGGCAUCAACAGCCCCCUCUACCUUGGAGGCAUCCCCACCUCCACCGGCCUCUCGGCCUUGCGCCAGGGCGCGGACCGACCGCUGGGUGGCUUCCAUGGCUGCAUUCAUGAGGUGCGUAUCAACAAUGAGCUGCAGGACUUCAAGGCCCUCCCGCCCCAGUCCCCAGGAGUCUCACCAGGCUGCAAGUCCUGCACCGUGUGCCGGCAUGGCCUGUGCCGCUCCGUGGAGAAGGACAGUGUGGUGUGUGAGUGCCACCCAGGCUGGACCGGCCCGCUGUGCGACCAGGAAGCCCAGGACCCCUGCCUCGGUCACAGCUGCAACCAUGGAAAAUGUGUGGCCACCGGAAGCUCAUAUGUGUGCAAGUGUGCCGAGGGCUAUGGAGGAGCUUUGUGUGACCAUAAGAACGACUCUGCCAAUGCCUGCUCAGCCUUCAAGUGCCACCAUGGGCAGUGCCACAUCUCAGACCAAGGGGAGCCCCACUGCCUGUGCCAGCCAGGCUUUAGUGGGGAGCACUGUGAGCGAGAGAAUCCAUGCCUGGGGGAGGUGGUCCGUGAGGCCAUCCGCCGCCAGAAAGGCUACGCGUCCUGUGCCACAGCCUCUAAGGUGCCCAUCAUGGAAUGUCACGGGGGCUGCGGGUCCCAGUGCUGCCAGCCCAUCCGCAGCAAGCGGCGGAAAUACGUCUUCCAGUGCACGGACGGCUCCUCGUUCGUGGAGGAGGUGGAGAGACACUUGGAGUGCGGCUGCCACCCGUGUUCCUGAGCCCCGCCUGCUGCCUCUCAGACUCCAGCUCGUGGGGUCAGGGACAGCCACGGGCCCCUGUAGAUUUCGGAAUGAAGGAGAGGAAGCAAAAGAAGAAGAGAAUAUUAAGUAUAUUGUAAAAUAAACAAAAAAAUAGAACUUAUUUUUAUUAUGGAAAGUGACUAUUUUCAUCUUUUAUUAUAUAAAUCUAUCACGCCGUCUGAGUAUAUGUACUAUAUCGUGAGUUAUUUUUACCAAGGUUUGUUUUGUGUUGUGUAUUUGUUGUGUUUUUAUAAACAGCUGUUUAAAAUUUUAAGAUUAAAAAAGACUAAUAAAAAUGUUUUAAACA